UUCAAAGUGGCUUGCUUGCUCGGCUUUUUCAAAAUGUUGCCAACUCAGUUUGAACACGCGACAUCGCCGUCUCUGCGCAUGCGCACAUUUCCAGGGAAAGAAAAUUGGGGUCACGAACUCUGACCCGCCCACCAAGCGCUGAAAAAAAAAAAAAAAAAAAAGAAUUUGUUUGGAUAUUAAAGGACAAAAUACAAGUAACGACUUCUGGCCAGUGCCAUAAACUGGAUGGGGCACUGAGGUGAGGUGAGGUGCGGCGGGAAGUCGAUGUGUGCGGCGCCAAUAUGGAUGGGCACGCUCAGAGGAUCCAGCUGGUGUCAGCUGACAGCAACAUGUCCACGGGACACCGACUGCAGAUUGUGACGGAUCCGCAGAGCGGGCAGAAGAUCCAGAUCGUCACCGCCCUGGAGCCGGGCUCUCCCGGUAAGCAGCAGUUCAUCCUGGCCAGCGCCGAGUAUUCGCCCGGCGGGAAGGUGAUACUGGCCAAGAGGGAGGGCUCGCCCAACAAGGUCAUCGUGGCGGCGCCGGACAGCUCCGGGCUCAACCAGCUGCUCUUCGCCUCUCCGGAUCUCCAGUUUGUAACGGAGGGCUCGGAGCAGUCCGUCGCCAAGCCCGUGGUGGAGUACUGCGUGGUGUGCGGCGACAAGGCCUCAGGGCGCCAUUACGGAGCCGUCAGCUGCGAGGGCUGCAAGGGCUUCUUCAAGCGCAGCAUCCGCAAGAACCUGGUCUACACGUGCAGGGGCUCAGGCGAGUGCGCCAUCAACAAGAUCCACCGCAACCGCUGCCAGUACUGUCGGCUGCAGCGCUGCGUGGCCGUCGGCAUGAAACAGGAUUCCGUGCAGUGCGAGCGCAAACCGGUGGACGUGCCCGGCAGGGAGAAGUCUGUCAACUGCGCCGCCUCCACGGAGAAGAUCUACAUCCGCAAGAACCUGUGCAGCCCGCUGGCUGCCACGCCCACCUUUGUGUCCGACAAGGAGACUUCCAGAUCCACGCAUUUGUUGGAGUCAAGCAUGUUGCUCAACAUCCAACAAUCCUUCCCCAAGCUAGAAAACACCUUCUUGAUCCCGGCGUCCCCGGAAAAGCACGACGACCCUUCUCAAAGUGACUUGGGCACGCUGGCCAACGUGGUCACCUCCCUAGCCCACCUCAACGAGGCCGGCGGAGGCAGCGAGACGCUCGCCGCCGACACGCUCAGCAACGGCGACGGCUCCAUCGCCGACCAGCGGGAAGAUGAGCAAAGCGACAUCACCCGAGCUUUUGACACGCUGGCCAAAGUCCUGCACGCCGGCGCGGGCGAGCCGUCGCCGGCCACCGACCUGCGGGCCGCCAUGCAGCUGAUGUCGGGCGACCAGUCGGGCCCCGUGUUGGAAGUGGAGGGCUCGUUGCUCUCUGACAGCCAUAUUCCCUUCAAGCUCAUGAUGCCCGUGCCCGUGCCGGAGUACCUCAACGUCAACUACAUCUGCGAGUCGGCCUCGCGCCUCCUCUUUCUGUCCAUGCACUGGGCGCGCUCCAUUCCUGCCUUCCAAGCCUUGGGCGCUCAAGAGGACAACGACAUCAACCUGAUGAAAGCUUGCUGGAACGAGCUGUUUGCUUUGGGUCUGGCUCAGUGUUCCAACGUCAUGAACGUGGGCACCAUCUUGAGCGCCAUCAUCGGCCAUCUGCAGACCGGCUUGCAGGAAGAAAAGCUGUCCCAGGACCGCGUGAAGCUGGUGAUGGAGCACAUCUGGAGGUUGCAGGAGUUCUGCAACAGCAUGAGCAAGCUGUCCCCGGACGCUUACGAAUACGCCUUCCUCAAAGCCAUCGUCCUCUUCAGCCCCGAUCACCCCGGGAUAGACAACACUCUGCAGAUCGAGAGGUUCCAGCAGAAGGCCUACAUGGAGCUGCAGGAUUACGUAACGCGGACGUAUCCGGAAGACUCCUACCGGUUGUCCAAGCUGCUGCUGCGCCUUCCCGCCCUGCGUCUCAUCAGCGCCGCCGUCACCGAGGAGCUCUUCUUCGCCGGGCUCAUCGGCAACGUGCAGAUCGACAGCAUCAUCCCUUACAUUCUCAAAAUGGACUCUACCGACUACAACAGCCAGUCGCUUCCCGGGGUUUGACCGCCCCCCUCUUGCAAAGGGACCCUUGCAGCCAGUCUCAGGCCAGCACGGCGUGGGCGGGCUUCGCUACUUUUGCCCACGCACGGCAGAACGCGAGGCCGAGCAAGGUAAGAAGAGGCCAACGUGUGCGCAAUCAGGACUGAACCUUGGGCCGAGCCCAGCGGGCGCUUUAAAGGAGCAUUUUGAAGGCCUCCAGGGAGAAAGUCUUUCUCCUUCCACUGCACCGCAUGCCCAAAGUUUGGGCUAUUUGGCCUGGGGCUGAAAUUUCAGGAUGAACCUGAAAUGCUUCCGUCCUAUUCCCAAAAAGCGCUCCGGGUCCAACACGCUUUUUGUGGCUCUUGCGCUCUCUCCGUUGCAACCCCCGCGAGUGACACUCGCGGCGGCAGGUCGCACUGCAAACGCCGCAGAAGACCACGGACGGCGACCUAUAUCCCAAACGUUUGAUACUACUGGAAUGUCACGCUUUUAAAUUGCCGUCAAAAUGUUGUUUUGUUUGCCCAUCCAAAGGAUGCCGUCACUGUGUGUAAAUAGAACCGCGGAGAGCACUCUGCCAUCAUCGCAGACAAAAAAAAAAAAAAUCCAUUACCCUCUUGUAUUUGAAAAUAAACACGUCUCAAUUAUAUUUGGACUCCCUGCUCCGCGGAACGGCCGAGUCGAGCCUCGCUGAAUGUGUCAAAACGGUCAAGAUCUAAGAUUUAAUGCAUCAUUAAGAAUGAAAUGAGCAAAGGGAGCCAAACUCCCAGGCCCAGUAGAGCAAAAA